AUGGACCGAAAACCUGAGACAGAACUACUUUCUGCACACUCCUCUCGCGGCCGCGAAGCCUCCGCUUAUCUUUCGUUCAUUGUCGACCUAUACGACGAACUCCCCCCAUACUCGAUUUUUCUCCAUGCAAAUCCCGAUCAAUGGCAUAAUGAUCUAUUUGGCCCCAAAACAAGCAAUGUUCUGCACAGCCUACGCCGCGAAGCUGUGGAUGCGAGAGGUUAUUUGAACCUGCGUUGUGCGAAUAACCCAGGCUGUCCGAUCCACAUCAAUCCAAAUAGCCCCACGCAAGCAGACAUCGACAAUAAUGAUGUGCGGGCACACUUUCCCAGUAUAUACAAAGAGAUAUUUGGAGAAGACGCACAUGUUCCGGAACAUAUUGGGGGGAUUUGUUGCGCCCAGUUUGCGGUCAGCCGAGCUCGCAUCUGGCAGCGACCCAAAAGUGAUUAUAUCCGUAUGCUAAACUGGAUGGACAAGAAGAGUAUACCCCUUGUUGACGAUUACGGUGUUGGCUGGGUGUUUGAAACUUUGUGGCAUGUGGUGUUCGGUAUGGAAGCGAUCGAUUGCCCUAUUUACGAGCAAUGCCGAUGUGAUAACUACGGAUGGUGUGGCCCAUUGCCAUCUGGCAAAACUCUUACAGCCAUUGCGGCACCACAAAAGAAGCAGCUGAAAUAUAGACGGGGUUAA